AUGUCAUCACCGGUUGUAUUGGCAUCUGAUAUUGGAUCUGGUUCAUCAAUCAAAGGCAUCAUCAACAGAAAAGGGGUCGGACUUUGUCAGUCCUGUGACAUUGUCAUACAAAAUGAAAAAGAUGAGAAACCAGUUGUUGAGCUUGGUGAUGUAAAACUACGCAUGCUUGGACACCACCAGCUACAAAAUGCUGUUUCUGCCACAUGUGUAUCUCUCUGUCUUCGUGAUCAAGGAUGGUCGAGAGUGACAGAUGAAGCUAUUCGGAUUGGUUUAGAGAAUACUCGUUUACUUGGUAGAAGUCAGUUUCUCACACCAAAAGAAGCAGAGGCUUUACAACUAGCUGGAGCAACAGUGCUUCUUGAUGGAGCUCAUACCAAAGAAUCUGCACGAGCUCUAAAGGAGAUGAUAGAGAAGGAAUUCGCAGAGAAGAGAUUAGUGUUUGUGGUAGCAAUGGCUAGUGACAAAGAUCAUGUGUCCUUUGCAAAAGAACUUCUCUCAGGUGUGAGACCAGAAGCAGUAGUUUUAACAGAAGCAGACAUUGGUGGAAGCAAGGUUAGAUCAACUGCGUGUUCGGUUUUGAAGGAAUCAUGGAUAAAAGCUGCUGAUGAGUUAGGUUUAGGGUUUAUGGAAGCUUCAGAAGACAAAAAUGUGUUUGGUUCCUUAAAGCUUGCGUAUGAGAUUCUCAAACACAACACAACCGGUGAAGCAGAAAGAAUGGUUAUAGUCACUGGUUCACUUCAUAUUGUAUCCUCAGUCUUAUCUUCUCUGCAACAUUAA